AUGAGCUCUAUUCCAAGGCAACAAGUCCUGGUCAAUACUGCACCUCCAUAUGUGGCUCUGAGGCCGAACGAGAAACUGGCUACCGUAAUGACGGUUGCUACAUCGGAUGCCAGUGGUGGCGCCGGGAUUGAAGCCGAUCUUAAAACAUUCACUGCCCAUAAAUGCUACGGGAUGACAUGCUUGGCAGCUUUGACGGCUCAGACCCCACAAGGCGUUUACUCCAUUCAUGAAGUGCCAAAAGAGCACUUCGAGCUGGCUUUGAAGUGCAAUCUACGCGAUAUGCAGGUAGAUGCGAUCAAGACGGGGAUGCUGACCCAAAAUGCAGUCGACGUAAUGCAAGAUGUUUUAGGUGCAAUGGCUCCGCAAGAUAGACCCCCAAUGGUGGUAGAUCCAGUCCUCGUGGCAUCCUCUGGUGCUUCAUUGGUCAGUGACGAUUCAGUGAUUCAAGGUAUCAAGAAAUUAGCGCUCUUGGCAACGCUUUUGACACCCAAUGUUCAUGAAGCAUCGAGACUACUGGGUAUGUCAGAAGAAGAACUCAACUUAACUAGUGUUGAAAGGCAAAUACUCAUAGCCCAGAAGCUCCAGAAGGCCACUGGGUGUCCAAAUAUUCUACUGAAGGGCGGACAUGCGCCUUGGACCGAUGCUAAAGGUAACCAAUAUGUGACAGACGUUCUCUACACCAAGAAUGGCAAGUGUGUGGUGUACCAGAGUGAAAGAUGUGACUCCGAGGAUACACAUGGUACAGGGUGUACUCUGGGAUCUGCCAUUGCAAGUAAUUUAGCCCAUGGAGAAACGCUAGAACACGCAAUAUACGGUGCUAUUCAAUACGUUCACAACGCCAUUCAAGUCGGCUGCACCGUUGUGAAGCCGCACGUUAAGGGAAAUGGGCCUAUAAAUCAUGUUUAUGCUAUCAAAAUGCCCUUGCAGGAGAUGGUCAAAGACAUGUGCUACUCCGCACACGCCCUGGCGAUCAAUGACGACGAAGAUGUUGAAGAUGAGGCGGAGAUGGCACGCUCUAAAAGCAGCAGUAGUCGCAGCAGCAGUGCUAGCAGUUUGGUUUCGCAGAUAAGGGACUCGGGUCACUUUUUCGAAUAUUUGAUCUCGGAUCCCCGUGUCAAGCCCUACUGGGAUUCCUACACCAAACACGAGUUUGUAAGACGGGUGGCAGAUGGCUCUUUAGAGCGCGAGAAAUUCAAGUAUUUCCUGGAACAGGACUACGCUUAUCUUGACAACUAUGCCCAGGUGCACUGUAUCGCCGCUAGUAAAGCUCCCACCUCUGAUGACUUCGACAAGUCAGUGCAAAUCGUCACUUCUAUCAAGACGGAAAUGAGCAAGCAUCGUGAGAAAAUGGCGAAACACUUCGGUAUUCAAGAUAUGAAGCAUUUCGACGAUAUCAAAAUGGGCUCAGCGCUUAAGAAUUACGCUCGCUUUUUCGACGAUGUGACCAAGCACGGAACAUGGGUCCACAUAUGUGCGGCACUCUCGCCUUGUUUGAUGGGCUACGGGUGUGCCUUGAGCGAAGUCAAAGACAAAAUCACUGUUGGUCAAGAUGACAUCUACUAUUCGUGGUGUCAGGACUACUUAGCACCAUGGUAUGUUGAUGCUAUGCAAGAAGGUCUUGUAUUGCUAGAUCGUGUCUGUCAGAUGACAGACGACUGGGACGCGCUGUGCGAAAUAUACGCUACUGUAUGUAAGCUUGAGACUGAGUUUUGGGACGCUGCCUUGGAUUACGAUGCCAACACUCAAGAAUAG